GACUUCACAGGAAGAGGGGGGGAAAGAGGCGGUGGGAACGGCGCAUGCGCAACAAGGAAAGCCCGUCCAGCUCGGUAUUUUCGGCUCUGGGCGGGCAAUCCCGUGUGAGCAUGCGCACUAAGUGGAGAUUCGUUGCAGCGUCCUCCUAAUUCGGAGUGAGAAUCCGGAGCGGGGAAACUACCUUUCCCGGCGUGCCCGGCCGGACUCCUCCUUUUGCCGGCUGGCAAGCGAGGGCGGGCAGCUUCGAGACGAUGGCAGAGUUGAGAGUCUUUCCCCUGGCCUGUGUGGUACAGAACUAUGCCUGGGGCAAGCUGGCCCGGGACAGCGAGGUGGCCAGACUCCUAGCCAGCAGCGAGCCUAUAAUGCGAAUCGAGUUAGAGAAGCCGUACGCUGAGCUCUGGAUGGGCACGCACCCCAAAGGGGACUCCAUCAUCCUGGAUAACCGCAUCUCCCAGAAGACCCUGGGGCAGUGGAUCGCGGACAAUCCCAGCUGCUUGGGUUCAAAGGUCAAAGAGGUUUUCCACGGGCAGCUCCCUUUCCUGUUCAAGGUGCUGUCUGUCAAAUCGGCUCUGUCCAUUCAGGCUCAUCCAACCAAGGAGCUGGCUGAGAAACUUCAUGCCCAGUACCCGGAGCAUUACCCCGAUAACAACCACAAGCCAGAGAUGGCGAUCGCCCUGACCCCCUUCGACGGUCUCUGUGGCUUCCGGCCCGUGGAAGAGAUUGUGACUUUCCUUCAGAAGGUCCCUGAAUUCCGAGCCCUGAUUGGGAACGUGGCCGCCGAACAGCUGGAACGCUGCGUGGACGACGACCCGCGGGGAGUGUCGGCCGCCCUGCGCGUCUGCUUUACCAGGAUGAUGAAGAGUGAGAAGAAAUUCUGCGUGGAGCAGCUCAACCUGCUGGUGAAACGGAUUAGCCAAAGAACCGCUGAAGGGAAAGACACUUCAGGAAGCUGCGGGGACCUUCUGCUAAAGCUUCACUCGCAGUUCCCGGGAGAUAUCGGCUGCUUUUCCAUUUAUUUCCUAAACCUGGUCAGGCUAGAGCCGGGGGAGUGCAUGUUCCUUGGAGCCAACGAGCCGCAUGCCUAUCUUCACGGAGACUGCAUCGAAUGCAUGGCCUGUUCAGACAACACCGUCCGGGCAGGCCUCACGCCCAAGUUCAUUGACGUCCUCACCCUGUGCGAAAUGCUGAAUUACAUGCCAGCCCCGAGCAACGACAAGCUGCUGACCCCCACCCAAAGCCGCCUGGACCCUUGUGUCUCCAUCUACGACCCCCCCGUCCCAGACUUCGCUGUCAUGAAGAUAGAGAUUCCUUCCACUGUCAAGCUGUACCUCAUUUCAGCCAUCGAUUCGGCCAGCAUCGUGUUGGUGAUCAACGGCACAGCGGCGGGCACCUCCACCGCUGCCAGUUCCGAGAUGGCUCUCCGUCCGGGCACAGUGCUCUUCAUCUCUGCAAACGAGAGCAUCUCUCUGCACCUCUCCACAACCGAGGGGAUGCUGCUCUUCCGUGCCUGCUGCCUCUUAUAACAUGGGAUGCUUUGACCCUCUGACCUGGCUUGGCAAACAACUCGCCUUCGGCAAGGAAGAGGAAACAGGAAAGGAAGAGAAACCACCCAAAUCCCCUCACUAGAGUGUAGCUGUCAGGGGUUCAUGUGAUUCAAUAAAAAGGAUGUGGCGUCCCCUGGCCCAUA